UAAAGAUAUGAACAAGUUAUCUAUCGUAGUGACAGUGCUUUUAGCCUGCUUGGUAUCCCAUUCGUGGGCCAAGAUAGCGCGAGUUCCGUUGAGGGCCCAGGCUAAUUUCACCAAGACUCAUGACAACAUCAAAGCCGAGAAGUCUAUACUAGCUAGCAAAUAUUUGGUUGAAGCCAGCACCUCUACCACUGCAACUGUUGGCAAGGAAGUCCUGCACAAUUACUACAAUAUGGAAUAUUAUGGUCUGAUGAGCAUCGGAAAUCCAAGACAAUACUUCAAUAUACUCUUUGAUACGGGUUCCUCUAACCUCUGGGUGCCAAGUGUCAACUGCCUUUCGACGAAUUUGGCGUGCCAAAAUCAUAAUAAAUACAAUUCGUCCGCAUCCAGUACUUAUGUUGCCAAUGGUCAGAACGUAUCCAUUCAAUAUGGCACUGGCAGCAUGGCUGGUUACCUAUCCACGGACACCGUGAGAGUCGAUAACAUACCAAUUGAAUCGCAGACUUUCCUCGAGGCUGUCUCUGAGCCGGGCACAACAUUUGUCGAUGCUCCAUUUGCUGGUAUUUGGGGUUUGGCCUUUGAAUCCAUUUCCCAAGGUGGCGUUACUCCUCCCUUGGAUAAUAUGAUUUCACAAGGAUUGCUCGAUGAACCAGUUAUCUCGUUCUAUUUGAAGCGAAACGGUAAAGCUGUCCAGGGCGGUGAGCUGAUUUUCGGUGGCAUCGAUUCCACUUUCUAUACAGGAAGUCUCACCUAUGUUCCCGUCUCUGUGGCAGACUAUUGGCAAUUCGAGGUGACUGCUUUAAAAACACAGGGCGUUGCUAUAGCCAAAAAUUUCCAGGCUAUAGCCGAUACUGGAACCUCUCUGAUUGUGAUGCCCCAAGCGGAUUAUAAAGCAAUGAAUACCCUAAUUGGUGCUACCGAUAACGGUAAUGGCGAGGCCUUUGUGGACUGUGACAAAUUGUCUUCCUUGAAAAAUGUAAACUUUAUUAUUGGCGGCACUAUCUUCACUCUGAAACCCAGUGACUAUAUAUCUGAGAUAAGCGGAAAUGGUGAGACCUAUUGUAUGUCCAUCUUCAGCUAUUUGGAGGGACUCUCUCUCUGGAUUCUUGGAGAUGCUUUCAUCGGUAAAUUCUAUACGGUCUUCGACAAGGGUAAUCUUCAGGUCGGUUUUGCGCCAGUGGCAACUUCUUAAGACUUUUG